GCCGAGGAUGCGGCCACUCGCUGCCUCAGGCCCCUGCCAAUCAAGUGAGGCCCCGAGAGGCCGAUGACCGGAGGCGCUGGGCAGUCCUGGCCAAUCACGGCGUCGAGAUUAUCUGAGUCGGACCCGACUAAACCCCUUUGGGUCCAAGUGGAGACUCUUCCCCCGACCCAGUUUUGAGUCUUUUUACUCCCGGCCUGAAGGAGAUCCAGCGGGAGGUAUUUUUUCGCCGUUGUGAUUCUUCAUCCUUCAACUCUUCCGCCACUUCUCUCCUCUCCUUUUCCUCUCUCCCCCCAACGUUUCCUUUUCUUGGCCUGGCAAUCAUCCGCCGCGAAGAUGAUGCCUUUAAGACCAUCGAAGAGCGCCAUGCGCGCCCUGCAAUAUCAGAGGUAUAUGACCUCCAGCAGGAGAGUCUUCACCUCGGCGUCGAUGGCGGCCGCCAAUUCGCCCCACCGCUUCGCUACUCAGAAACGAAGCAAAAGCACCGCAACAGCCGCUGCCACGGAGUCCAGGCCCGUUCCCAGCCCGGCCUUCAACCAGGAACCUCACCGGAAUGAGGUCUCGCCGUUGCAAUCCCGCAAUGUUCCCGAGUUGGACGACUCAUUCGUUGGCCUGAGUGGCGGAGAGAUCUUCCACGAAAUGAUGCUGAGACUUGGCGUGAAGCAUGUCUUCGGUUACCCCGGUGGCGCUAUCCUCCCCGUGUUCGAUGCCAUUUACAACUCCAAGCACUUUGACUUCGUCCUUCCCCGCCACGAGCAGGGCGCCGGCCACAUGGCGGAGGGUUACGCCCGCGCCUCGGGAUUGCCCGGUGUCGUCCUCGUUACCUCCGGCCCCGGUGCGACCAACGUGAUCACCCCGAUGCAAGAUGCCCUGUCCGAUGGUACCCCCAUGGUGGUCUUCUGUGGUCAGGUCCCCACCGGCCUGAUCGGUACCGAUUCCUUCCAGGAGGCCGACGUGAUCGGAAUCUCCCGCGCGUGCACCAAGUGGAAUGUCAUGGUCAAGUCCGUGGCCGAGCUCCCCCGCCGCAUCCAUGAGGCCUUCGAGAUCGCCACCUCUGGCCGCCCCGGCCCCGUGCUGGUCGAUCUGCCCAAGGAUGUCACCGCCGGCAUCCUCCGCAAGCCCAUCCCGAUGAACAGCACCAUCCCCUCCCUGCCGAGCGCUGCGACCCUGGCGGCUCGCGAGCUGGGCCAGAAGCAGCUCCAAGGCGCCAUUGACCGUGUCGCCCGCCUGGUGAACGUCUCCAAGAAGCCCAUCCUGUACGUGGGCCAAGGUCUGCUCGCCGGCCCCGGUGGCCCCCAGAUCCUGAAGGAACUGGCCGACAAGGCGUGCAUCCCCGUCACGACGACCCUGCAGGGUCUGGGUGGAUACGACGAACUCGACCCGAAGGCCUUGCACAUGCUCGGUAUGCACGGGUCCGCCUAUGCCAACAUGGCCAUGCAGGAGGCCGAUCUGAUCAUCGCCAUCGGUGCCCGGUUCGACGAUCGCGUGACGGGUAACAUCUCCAAGUUCGCCCCCCAGGCGAAGCUGGCCGCCUCCGAAGGCCGCGGUGGUAUCGUUCACUUCGAGAUCAUGCCCAAGAACAUCAACAAGGUGGUCCAGGCCAACGAGGCCGUGGAGGGCGAUUGCGCCGACAACAUCCGCCUCCUGCUUCCGCACAUCAAGACCGUGCCCGAGCGUCCGGAGUGGUUUGACCAGAUCAACCACUGGAAGUCGCGCUUCCCCUUCUCCCUUUACGAACCCCAGGACCCCAACGGUCCCAUCAAGCCCCAGUACCUGAUCGAGAAGCUCAGUGACCUCACGGCGCAUAUCAAGGACCGCACCGUGGUCUCGACCGGUGUCGGCCAGCAUCAGAUGUGGGCGGCCCAGCACUUCCGCUGGCGCCACCCCCGCACCAUGAUCACCUCCGGUGGUCUGGGUACGAUGGGCUACGGUCUCCCCGCCGCCAUCGGUGCCAAGGUGGCGCGCCCGGAUGCUCUGGUCAUCGACAUCGACGGUGACGCGUCCUUCAACAUGACCCUGACCGAGCUGUCGACGGCGGCCCAGUUCAACAUCGGCGUCAAGGUGCUGCUGCUGAACAACGAGGAGCAGGGCAUGGUGACGCAGUGGCAGAAUCUGUUCUACGAAGACCGUUAUGCGCACACGCACCAGAAGAACCCCGAUUUCGUGCCUCUGGCCCAGUCCAUGGGCGUCCAGGCCGACCGCUGCACCAAGCCCUCCGAGAUCGAGGAGAAGCUGAAGUGGCUGAUCGAGAGCGAUGGCCCGGCCCUGCUCGAGGUCUUCACGGACCGCAAGGUCCCCGUGCUGCCCAUGGUGCCCUCCGGCAGCGCUCUGCACGAGUUCCUCGUGUACGAUGAAGCCAAGGAGCAAGAGCGGAAAGCCCUGAUGAGGAGCCGCAACGUGAAAUUCUAAACUCCGUCUCCACCCACACCCUCCUCCCUAUUCGCCUGCAUCCCUGAUGACCGACCCCCUGUCGCUGUACCGAUGAUUUUGUAGUCACAAAAGUGCCCUUUCCCCGGACUUUUUUACCCGUUGAUAUCCAUGGCGUUUCUGGCCGGUUCUCAAAACGCUGAUCUGGUGCCCAUAUGUACCCACACUGACAUGCAACCGCCCCUACUUGUGGGGGGGGGAAAUAACGCCGAACUCCAACCGUGUGGGGCGACGAUUCGAAAGAAAGGACGAAAAAGUAAUAAUAUAACCACGGCUUUGUUUUUUUUUUUUCUAAAUUUCUUUUCUUCUGUCUUAUAUUUUCAUUUACACGCUGGGAAUGCAUUGCCGGUUCCAGUGGCAUUGGUGGUAUCAUUGCCAAUCUCCCUACUGUUGCUCUUGCACCGCGGAUGUUCCUGUCUAGCGUGAUGACCAACUUCUGCAAUGGUUCCUAGGAGAACAAUUUGCUUGUACAUAAGUCUUACCUUUUGGUCUAGCUUGGCAUUAUUUCAGGAUCUUGUACAAUGUACAUUUGAGGA